UUUUCAUUUACACCCCUUGGAGUUCUGGGGAAGCUUUAACUUUAACCUGUGAGUUGUUUGUUGUUAGUGAUAACCAGGAAAAGGAAAUAAGAUGUUGAAACCUGGUCCGGAAUUGGAGACACAUGGCUGUUAGUUUUAGUUGCCUCGUCCAUUGGAGUCUUAUUACUGGGAGCUUUGUUAGCAAUGUUUCUCUUAAAAUGCAGGGAAAUGAAUAUGUUUGGCGGAAACGAUUGUUCGCUUCACAGACAAAUGAAAAAUCACGAACCAAGGGAAUGUACUGCAGUACCAACUCUAAAUGGAACCAAAAUUAUUCAUCCUACAGACACCGUCUUAUAUCACGGCACAAACAUUCAAGAUAAUCGAAUGGUUUGGGCUACGUUAACCCCUAGGGGUACCCAACAUUUUAUUUCAGAGAACUAUCCUCCUGAUUUGAUCGACUAUGGAGACGAGGAUCAUUAUGAAACUAUUGAUAAUAUCGGAGCGGUGGUACCGCCUGUACCACCAUAUCCUAAAGCUAUAGAAAAAUCGAGUUUUGACAAUUCUGGGUUCCUAGAUUACGAAUACGAAGAUCCCACUCCUCUAAUCGAAAGCUACCAACUAACCAACAUAGAACCCGAUACAUCCCACUACCAGAUGAUAGGGAAUGCGGAUAUGCGUUGCUCAAACUUGAAUACUCUAAGAAGACACGUGCCCAUCUCUAGACCGAGAGUCUCGUCACCGACUAGAAUAGAGCAUCCCAAUUUACCUCCUUUGAAUCUGUAUCCACACAAAGGAACGCUCAAGAAAAAUGGUACUCUUAGUUAUAGAGCAGUUGAAGGUAGCACGCUACCCAAAUAUGGCUUGUAAUUAUGUUUUAAGUACUUAUCCUCACCUUGUUCUUUAUGUGAUAUGUUUCAAUAACGAUUUUCUCUAAAAAACCAAAACAACUUAUCGUAAAUUUUCUACUUAUACUUAUAUGAGUUAUGUUAAUAGAGAAGGAAAAUAUAAAUAAUUAUUCAUUUUACAUAAAAAGGUAAACAAUAUAUUCUAGCUUUCAAAUUAUGUGUCACAGAAAUCAUUGACAGAUAUUCGUAUGUAGGGUGAACUACAAAAGAAAAUUAGGAUUUUCUCAUGUUUUCUAAAUGUACGAUUUUGACCUCAAAAAACGAGACGAGCUGCAUUUUUCUGAGAAUGCCAAUUUUGGUGCCCCAAAAAGAUGCAAAACACCCAGGGCUUCUCCCUAAAAUCCCCUCAUAGUAGGGGCAAAACAGGAAACAUCGAUUUAGCAAGAAUAUCCGCGUAGUAGAAAAAAUGUCGUAAUCAAAAAAUGUAGCUCAGACAAUUUUAAACAAAAGAAUUUCGUAGCACUUUUUGUGUACAAUGAACCGUUUUCUUAGAAACAACGCUUAAAGCGACCAGCGAUUUUGAAAGCUCGAAAUCAAUUUAAAAAAUUUAUAUCAACUCGGCGGUAAAAAUUUGAUAACUUUUGAUCAGAAUGUCCUAUCGACCAAAAUAAAACUGCGUUUUAAAGGAGAAAGGCACAGCUUUCAUAUGAAAUUUUUAGAGUGCACCGCAAUUUAAGUCAGUUUCUAUAAAUCUAUUUAUAAAUAAAUAAACGUUGCGCGUUUUUUGCCAUUUUUUAUGAUUCUCAUGAGAUCAAUAAAAUUGAUCUAAUCUUCAAAACCUAUAACACGAAAUAUUUAUUUUAAAUUUUAACAACAAACAGGCUAUGUCAUAUUUGAUAUAUGUCUAAAAAACGCUGAAUUUAAACUUUCGCGUUACAAACUAUCUCACGUCACAGGAAAUGCAUCCACGAACAAGGCAUUCGGUGUAGUUUGAAGCUGAAGUUAUUUAGUUUUAAAAAAGUACUUUAUGCAUGGACUUUAUGUCAUUCAGCCAGUCACAAUAUGAGGUACUUAGUGUCAUGUUUAGUGUGUGUGUUGAGUAAGUGUCUUGUUACUUUGCAAAGUCGACGCCAUUGUCUUUGUAAAGAGACGAUAAUUGUAUCCGAACUUCUGCAUUGUAUCUAAUUGUAAUAUGCUAAUUAUAUCCGAAUGUGAAAGUUUAAAUUCAGCAUUUUUUAGGUUUAUUUCAAAUGCCUCAUAUUUGUUACCAGAACUCAAAAUAGAAAUUCCAUGUUAUAGGUUUUUCUUGGUGUUUCGCAAAAACCAUAUUUUUUAGUUAGUUGUUUUAAAUGUUAAAUUUAAUUGCUAAUAAAAAAAUAUAUAGCAAAAUGACAUUGACGUCAAUAAUUGAUUUAUACGCUUUGUACACGACUGACGUUAGUUUUAUUUAUAUUCAUAGUUUUAAACACACAUAUUUCAAAACAAUAAUAAUAAAUUUAUGGAACUAAGAACUAUGUACAUACUGUAUGUAAUUUAUUAUUUUGGUUGGGAAUAGCCUACAAUUUUACUUUAAAAUUAAGUUUAUUUGAUGUUUCGAUUUCCAAUUUCAGAAAUCGUUCUCAAAAUACAAAAAAUUAAUAAAUUAAACAAUAUUUUGUUUUUGUUGCUUAGUAAAAAUUCUUCAAAUAAUUUAAUCUUAUAUAACUCAAUAAUAUUGACAAUUCAUAGACCAACAUUAUACAUUUUAAAGUAGACGAAAUAUAAUUAUGUUUAAUGAAACCAAUUGCAUCGCAAAUUCCUCGGCAGAAUGCAGUAAGACGUGGUUACCCAUAUUAAAAGAGGAUAUCAAUAGAAAGAAAAUACCACGAUUAAUAAGUCAAUAACAUAUCGAGGAUAUAUCAUUUAUGAUAACAUAAAUAUAAAAUCAUAUUUACUUACUUACUUUACUCCUCUUGAUUCCAUUUGGAACAUAGGGCCUCUACACUCCCCCUCCAUUCAUCUCUGUUUCUGGCCAGGGCUUUCACUUCUUUUCAUGUUAACCCAUUGUCUUCUAGCUCUCUGGUAAUAUUUCUUUUCCAGGAUGUCAUUGGUCUGCCUCCUUGUUUUCUUUUUCCAGUUGGUUGGUAAUCCAGGGCUUGUUUGGUUAUAUCAUCUUCAUUUUUCCUUAAUGUGUGUCCAAUAAACUUCCAUUUGCGUCUAUUUAUCGUUUUGGCUAUCGGCUCUUGAUUAGUUUUUCUCCAAAGUUCCUUGUUACUUAUCCGAUUUGGCCAAUAUAUUUGCAAUAUUCGUCUAAGGCAUCUAUUUACAAAUGCUUGAACCUUUUGUAUAAUCUUUUUCUCUAUUUUCCAAGUUUCUGCUGCAUAUAGCAAAAUGCUCUUUACAUUUGUAUUAAAUAUGCUGAUUUUGGUUUUGGUUGUUAAUUUAUUGGACUCCCAUGUUUUCUUCAGCAUAUAGAACGCAUUUUGGGUUUUAUUUAUCCUUCCAUUAAUUUCCUCUUCUAUUCCACCGCUAGCGUCAAUUAUGCUUCCCAGAUAGCAAAACUUCUGUACAUUUUCUACUUCUUCUCCUUCAAUGAAUAUACCCAUUUCUCUUUCCGUAUUUAUCUUCAUAAGUUUGGUUUUUCUUGUGUUAAUCUCUAGUCCUAUUUUUCUUGCUUCUUUUGUCACCUUUUCUGUUUUUUUCUGCAUAUGUUGUCUUUUUUCGGACACCAGACAUGUAUCAUCUGCAAAGUCUAGAUCUUCAAGCUGACCGAAAGCAUUCCAUCUAAUUCCUGUUUUAUUUUUCGUUGCCCUCUUCAUGACCCAGUCGAUUAAGAUCAAAAAUAUGGUUGGAGAUAGAAUACACCCCUGUCUGACUCCACUGUCUAUGUUGAUUGGUUCUGUGAGUUUCCCAUUGUGCAUGAUUUGUGCGGUAUAGUUUUCAUAGAACAUUUUGAUAAUUAUUAUGUAUUUUAAUGGAAUUCCAUAUCUCUUUAAUAUUUCUCACAUUUUUUCUCUGUUAAUCCGGUCAAAGGCUUGUCUAAAGUCAAUGAAAUUUAUAUAUAUUUUGCUCUGCCAUUCUAUUGUUUGUUCUAGAAUGUUUCUUAAUGUGUUAAUAUGAUCUGUGCAUGCUUUAUUACUUCUGAAGCCCGCUUGGUUUGGUCUUAACAACUGGUCUAUAGUUUCUUUCAUUCUUUCUAAUAUCAUCCUUGUCAUGACUUUACUCACUGUAGAAAGUAGUGUUAUUGCUCUCCAAUUGUUGCAAUUCGUUUGAUCUCCUUUCUUGGGUAUCUUUACAAUUAUACCUUUUUUCAAAUCAUCAAGUAUUCUCUCCUCCUGCCAUAUUCUGUGUAUUAGUACAUACAGGAUUUCUUCCGAUGUUUCUCUAUCUGCUUUCAGUAGUUCUGUGGUAAUGUUAUCUAUUCCAGCUGCUUUCCCUCUUUUCAGCUGUUGUAUUGCUUUACUUACUUCUUUUUUUGUGAAUUCCGAUUCGGUGGAGCUUAGUUCUUCCUUUAUUUCUUCAUUUUCCAUUUCGUGUUCUAUUAUUCUGUUGGCAUAUACUUCUCUAAAAUCCAUCUCUCAACUAUUUCCUUUUCAUUCUUAAAUAUUUUCCCGUUUUUGUCUUUUACAUGCUCAACGUUCAUUAUUCCGCGCGAGCUUAGUUUUUUCGUCGUUUUAUAUAGAGUUCCCAUGUCGUUGUUUUUUGCUGCUGUUUCUGCUUAUAUUAACAGUCCUUCGUUAUAUUGUCUUUUGUCGUUUCUCGCACUUUUUUUAACUUCUUUAUCUAUAUUCUCUCUAUAUUCUCUCUUCAUUUGUUCCCUAUCUCUUAGAUCACUUUUUAGCAUUUUACAUUUAAGUAGUUGCCUUUCUUUUAUUUUUUCCCACGUGCUUCUCGAUAGCCAUGGCUUAUUACUUCUUUUUUGUAUCCCUAUCGUUUCUUUUGCUGCUUGUGUAUAUACAUACUUGCAUUUAUCCCACAGCUCUUCUAUCGUGGCAUUUUCUGUGUUGUAAGUUUUAUUAUACAAUUCUCUUAACUUGGUCUUAUAUUCUUCAGUACUUUCAUUCCGUCUUUGAGCCACUGAACGUUAUAUCUUUCUCGUUGUUCCAUUGGCGUUUUCUUACUUCUGGCUAGUUUGAGUUUGAUUUUGGCUCUAAUCAACAUGUGGUCGGACCCUAUGUCUACCCCUCUCAUUGCUCUAACAUCUAAGAGUGAGUGCCUCCAUGUCUUAUCUAUGGUUAUGUGGUCAAUCUGAUUGUGUGUUUGUCCAUCGGGGGAUGUCCAUGUUACUUUAUGUAUGCGUUUGUGUUGAAAUAUACUUCCACCUAUGACUAAACUGUUUUGGGUGCAGAAAUCUAUAAACAUGUUACCAUUCUCAUUAAUUUGUCCAAAUCCUUCUUUCCCCAUUACAGUUUCUCUUCCUCUAUUAUUCGUUCCUAUUAUGGCAUUCAUAUCUCCGAUUAUCAUCACAAUAUCUUUUUUAUAUUUAUUUUGUAAAAAAUGAAUAACCACUUUCAAUUUCUUUUUGCUAGCAGUUGCCGCUAGGGCAUCUAUGACAUUUCGUUCGUUGCAAUCCGGGACUGCACGCUGGGGUUUGUUUUGGUUGGAUCAGAGAGAGCAACAUAUGUGCCUCCUGAUGAGAGACUAAUAAGUUUCGAAACCGGUAGAGGUGCUUGCUGCACUCUCUGAUUGGACUAGGAUAUGGUUCGGCUGUAUUUUCGUGUUGCAACGAAAUUGAAAGUGGUUAUUCAUUUUUGAUUUACAUUUACUCUGAUUUGAGUACGAAGGGAACCAUUCUCGUUGGAACUUUACCGCGCUGAGCAGAUGGGACGUGAAUUGUAAAUUGUAGAAUUCCCUCAUCUUCCUUAGUCUCAGCAUCCGUAUGGCUUGCAAAUUGUAGAAGCCUCGGAGGUGUAACCAGAGAAGGUUUCCAUUGUUUUCAUUCUGGUGGGAUGUAGAAUAGCAUUAUGUUGUUUUAUAUGCCAUUAGAGUGAAAACUUAGUAUUUUUAGUCUUUUUAUUUAUUUUGUAUUUUAUCGUAUGCCGUCUGUAGCUGUUGGUAAAACUCAUCUUUUAUGUCCUGUUCUUUUUCAUUUGUUGGUGCAUAUACAUUAACAAUUAUUAGAUUUUUAUAUCUCGCUUUGAAUCUAGUUAUUAUUAUUCUAUCCGAGAUGGCUUCCCAUUCUAUUAGGGCAUUUGUUGCUUGUUUUGAAAUCAUGAAUGCAACACCACUCUCGUGUCGGUCUUUUUCGCCACAUUUUCCCGAGUAGGUAUAUAACCGUUUUGUCGUGUUCAAUUCUUGUUUUUCCACAUCCCUUCCAUCUAAUUUCAGAUAAUCCUAAUAUACUAAUGUUAUUUUUAUCCAUUUCUUUUGCCACUUGAUGUGUUUUACUUGUUUCGAACAUUGUUCGGACAUUCCAACAUCCUAUGUACGUUGUUUUUCUCAAAUCCAUUUCCGUGGCCAUUUUCGUCAUCGCGUUAUCCGUCCUAUUUCCGAGGCUUGUAGAGGUUUCUUUAGCAAUAUUAUUUUUUAUAUGGUGAGGUCGCUAACCUCACGCACAACCCUCCUCCUUUCUCAUCCUGGGCUUGGGACCAGGCAAUGGUGGAGUUUAUAAAAUCAUAGUUUGAUGUUAAUAUUGAGGAUUUUUUCCUCGUGAUUUGCUAUGGGAUCACUAACAGGAGAAUUUUACUGUCAUUGUGUCAUUGAGUCGUUGUCAAAAAUAUUUACAAUAUCAUUUUAUAAAGUCAUCUACUUUAAAAUGUAUAAUAUAUGUCUGAAUUAAAAAUAUACAAACUAUAGCAACAAAAACAAAAUUUGUUUGAUUUAUUAACGUUUUGUAUUUUGAGAACGAUUUUCGAAGUGGAAAUCGAAACGUCAAAUAAACUUAUUUUAAAGUAAAUUGUGGCUUAUUUCCAACAAAAAUAUUAAGUUGCAUUAAGAUGUCAUAAGUGCAAAGAAAAAGCUUCAGAACAAUACAUGCUCUAUGUGUACUAUGUCUAUAGCCAACAUAGAUAAUUACCUACGAUAAAAUGUUUCGGUUUUCUGGAGAGAAUUUGUUGAACAAACAACCACUAGUCACUAUUUAUAAAGUACUCUCGAUGUAAUUUUUAUAUUUAUAUUGUUUUCGGUGUCUAUACCUCAUGUGUUAGUUAUGUUGGAUGUUUAUUAGUAACUUAUUAUUAUAAUAUUAUAAUGAAUAAUAAAAUAUUUGUUAUAAAACAA